CUACUUUUCCUUGGCUAGAGUAGUGAUAAGCAGAUUCAACUUUCCACAUUUUUACCUCAAUAUAUUGUCUCAAAGUCUGUAAGCUAGGAAAAUUAGGGACUUACUGGUGGACUGGCAGUAAUUCAAUAAAGGGAAACAUGACAGAAUCAUGGAUAAUCAUUUUGAGAGACGUUAAUUUUCCAUAUUUAAAUAUACACCUAUACUUUGUACACUCAGUCUCUCAGAGGCAUCUAAUUUCUUAAAAUGCCCUAACCAAAUUGUAGGAAUGUUCAUAGCUCAUAAAGUAACAUUUUUCUUUUAAAAAAGUAAAUCCUUAUACACAUGCAGUUCUUAUUCAGCUGUGUUCAUGCUGUUAAUUGAAAGGUUGGGGAAGGAAAAUGGGACACAUGAUACAUACUGUUGAUGAGCUUGCUAAGCGUAAGUCACAGUACCAGGAAAGUAAUCAAGUAGCAGGAUACAGACAUUGCUGCAAUGUCAGGUGAAAAGUAUAUUUUGCCCUCUGACACUUAAGUCUGUGCUUGCUUUGUGUUAUGCAUGUUAUUCAUCAGUAAAUAAUGUUAUCCUAUAUUUGGCUUCAGCAAUAAUACCAGUAAUGUGGAAGGCAAGGUAGUUGCCAGUGCUGUUUUCUUUCAGAAGACAGGUACAGUUAUCCAGGGGACUUAGUCCCUUCCGCCACAUUAGUCUGGUGUAACAGCCUGGUGGUGUUGUAAAUGUUAUGUAGCAUUCUUCAGCUUUAAAAAUGAACAGCAGCAAUUGGACACAGGGAUACGUAUUGUAUUCCAGGUGCUAAGAUUAAAGUGUAAAAAGCACUUCCCCUAAUAAAGUAUGGAAGUGGCACUAAUUGAGUAGUCUGAAGGGGAAGGCAGUUUCAGUGUUCAACGAAAUGGCCUUGUCAUCAAAACUGAACUUUACUGUUGCUGUUGAGAUGAAAUUAGCUACAAGCUGUGUGUUUAAAUUUGUAUUUUUUGUUGAUUUCUUUGUCUGUUCCAGUUGGUUAAAGGUCUUGUCCUUGACAGGGUUUAAAAAUAGGAGCUGUUCCUAUCAGCUGCAUCUUGAGGUUAAUGUAGACUUUCUCUCACAUCCAGCUCAUAGUGACCUUUGAUGAGUAUGCUCAUUGUGCAUUUGGAAGGAUUUUAUUCUGGCAGUGUCAGAUGAAGAAAGACAAAGCUGCUGUUAGGCUACUUGGCUUGUGACAAAUGAACAGAAUUCUCUUAGGUUAGGGAGAGUUUCCUCCUUUUGUCCUCAGAAGUUGCUUUGGUUAGAAGACAAAUCAGUAAGUUGAGUGUAUUUGUAGUGAGUCUACGUUCACUGCUUUUAGAAAAGUUAUGAUGAUUACUAUAUUAUAAAAAACACUGUGAUUAACAACUUUUUUUUAAGUAUUUAAUCUGUGUUUCUGAGUAAGGAAAGUUGGAAGUUCAGAUAAGCAACUCAAGUUUGUUUGUUUUUACUGGAUGUUUUGGAUUUAGUAUAAGAAUAAUGUUGAUAACACACUGAUGUUCUAGUUGUUGUGAAGUGGUGCUGACCCUAAGUCAAGGAAUUUUUGGUUUCCCCUGCUCUGCCAGCAGGUCAGUUUGAUUGGUGGAUAAAGGAGGACCAUGGCAGGCAAUAACCAGCUUUGCAUUCGACGUUGGACUACCAAGAAUGUGGCCAAGUGGCUGAAGGAAGAAGGUUUCUGUGAAUACGUGGAUGUUCUGUGCAAUAGACAUAGGCUAGAUGGAAUCACACUGCUGACACUUACUGAGUAUGAUUUACGAUCCCCUCCGCUGGAAAUCAAGGUCCUGGGGGAUAUCAAGAGACUAAUGCUGUCCAUCCGCAAACUGCAGAAGCAACAUCUUGACGUCCUGGAGGAGCUGGGUUACAACAGUGACAGUCACACUGGCACAGUGUGCCCAGCUGGUUCACUGCAGGGUACAGAUUGGUUUUGUAAUGGUGAAGUACCUCGGGACUAUGAUGGACUAAUGACUGACCUGAAUGGUGAUCAGUACCAGUAUGCAAACGGAAAGAACAAACAUGCCACACGGAGACUGGACCCCGAGUACUGGAAGACAGUUUUAAGUUGUGUGUAUGUUUUCAUAGUGUUUGGCUUUACGUCAUUCGUUAUGGUUAUAGUGCAUGAGCGAGUACCUGACAUGCAAACAUAUCCACCUCUACCAGACAUAUUUCUAGACAGCGUCCCUAGGAUACCAUGGGCUUUUGCUAUGACUGAAGUAUGUGGAGUAAUUCUUUGCUACAUUUGGCUGUUGGUUCUUCUGCUUCACAAACACAGAUCCAUACUCCUGCGCAGGCUGUGCAGCCUCAUGGGGACAGUGUUCUUACUACGUUGCAUUACAAUGUUUGUUACCUCACUCUCGGUGCCAGGCCAGCACUUGCAGUGUACUGGAAAGUUGUAUGGCAAUGUUUGGGCAAAACUCCAGCGGGCAUUUGCAAUAUGGAGUGGCUUUGGAAUGACUCUGACUGGAGUACACACCUGUGGAGACUAUAUGUUCAGUGGGCACACUGUCGUCCUGACCAUGCUCAACUUCUUUGUCACAGAAUAUACGCCAAGGAGCUGGAACUUCUUGCACACCUUGUCCUGGGUCCUGAAUCUCUUUGGAAUCUUCUUCAUUUUGGCUGCACAUGAACAUUAUUCUAUAGACGUAUUCAUUGCCUUUUACAUCACUACAAGACUCUUUUUGUAUUACCAUACGUUGGCUAAUACUAGAGCGUAUCAACAGAGCAGGAGAGCAAGGAUCUGGUUUCCAAUGUUUUCUUUUUUUGAAUGCAAUGUUAAUGGUACUGUUCCCAAUGAGUACUGCUGGCCCUUUUCAAAACCUGCCAUACUGAAAAGAUUGAUUGGCUGAAGACUACGUGGGUCAGUUCAGAUUUUUAUGAAGCAUUAUGACUAAGAUCCUACAGGGCUAGCUGGGGGGGCGGAAGACAAAUAACAUUUUUCACUCCAUGAUCUCCUCCUCCUUGCCUUGUUUCUUAGAUUCUUAGCCAUAAAAUGGGGUUCCCAUACUUCACAGGGAUGUGCUUUGUUUUCUUUCUGUGAAAAUAGAAAACAAUGCAGGGACGGGUACAGGCUAUCAAUGAACCAUGACUAUAAACCGGAAUACUUUUACCUUAGUAAGGUUCUCUGUGAAUGUUUGUGAAGUUUAACCUAAAUAUGUACUUGUGUUGAAUAUAAUACACCCUUUACAGGUCCAAAUAAUCUCUGUUACCUGAAUGGCAGCCUUUAGAUAUACUGACUAAAAAAUUAGAACUUUAUGAAGUCUUUGACAAAGCAGUAUAGUUUCUUGCUGAAAGGGUCUCUUAACUGUUAAAUAACAAGUCUUAAAGUGUAAUUAACAGUAUAAAUGGUCUGCAUACAGGUUGCCAAAAACGAAAGUCUGCCUUGUGGCUAUGCAGUGAUGAUAUUUUUUUUUUAAUAAGAAUUUAUUUAGUCUAUCAGUUGUCUAUAUGGUUGUUCUAUCACUUGAAAGUUUUCUCUUUUGUGUUUAAAUGAGUUAAAAGUAAAUGGAACAGCCACUGAAAGUAAAGAUAACUUAGCUUUAGUGAGUUUAAAGCCACAAAGUAACUUUUGUGUGGUUUUAAUUGCUUUAUCUCCAAACCUGUGCAUGCUUUUCAGGAACAGCUCUUUCACAUUGGAAAAACAGAACAAUUGUCUUUGUGUAUCUUACUGUCCCAUAAGCGGAUGGGAAAAUGCAUGUAGUAACUCUUUUGGGAAAAGUAAUAAUAGUGAGUGUUGGAUAUAGUGCUCAUAUUGAUGUAUGUUUUAGCACUCUGGUGUCAACAAUAUGGUGAAUAUCUCUAGAUAUAUAUAUAUGCACAGUAUAUUUGUUUAUAUAUAUAAACACACAGUAUAUGUUUUUCUAACAAAUAUGAAAAGAGACUGGUUCUUAAAUUAAGUUGCUCAUUUACUAUCCUGAAAGAGAAAAGUACCAAGGUUUGCUUGUUAAAGAAAACAAACCACAACCCACAACAAAACAUCCUCCAAACCCUCAAACCAACACUCCAAGUCUGUAAUGCAUAAGCAAGGACACACAGCUGGUGAUCUGUUACGCAGUGGAUUGUAAGGGGACAAUACUAAUGUUGGCUGUUGAGCUGUAGGCUGUUGAAAUCAGAUUUAUGCUAAAUGAAAACUGAUAGGUACAAGGUACAGAUCAUAAAAGUGGUAUAGACCAUUUAAUUUGAUUAUUGCAAUUUCAGAAUAGGUGAUAUGUGCAAAAGGUGGUGUAAGUCAGCUUUAGUUCAGUUCCAGCUUGGUACAAGCUGACUUAAUGAGUGCAACGUACUUGUGUGUGCGUGGAAAUGAAUUCACUUGGAAUUUGCCCGACAGUUUUGUAUUUGGAGGUUUGUAACCUACUGAGGGCUGCUCCUUGCUGUAUUGUGUUCCUUUUAUAAACCUCGAUUGUACUAACUUGGCUAUCUUACAGUCUUCAUAGUAUAUUACUUUUGUAAAUUACUUUAGCUCCUGUUCCACAGAGGAAUUGUGCAUCUUGAAGUACCUCUGCCAACUGUAUUGAGCACAUGUACAUUGUACUAUUCUGCAGACUUUUAUAUUUGUAACAUUCCAAUUUUCUACCAAAAUUGCAGGUUUAAUACUAUAUUGUUCAAUCUGCCAUAGCCUGGUGGCUCUUGCCAUCCAAAUUGGGGGAGUAUGCUUACACUUAAGAAAAAAGGAGAAAAUAUUUUGAAAUAUUUAAAUACUUGUCAUUUGCUGUUCUUAACUUUCUGAUUUCAGAAAGGCAAUUUGAACAUUCCUCUUGAGACUUUAUAAUGAAAGAGCUCUAUUUGUUAAUUUAUUUGCCUUUGCAAUGCACACACAGUUAUGAAUGCUAUUUUUCUAAACUCUAGGAAACAUCUGUUCUCAGAAUGUGCAGGAUUGUAUCCUGACUUAUAUGGAGAGGUAUGCAAUUAAAUUUGCAAAGCUGUUGAUUCUGAAAAUAACCAUCUGAGUGCUAAUUGGCAUAACUGUGUCUAAACUGAAAAAUUAUUUUGCAACUUAGACAUGCACGAGAAUUUUCAAGUACAGCCCAGUGUAGCAAUGUUUACAUAAAGUAAAGCUAUCAUUUCAAUACUACUUUUUUAAAAAGUGAAGUUCAUAUACUUUGAAACGUAAGGAUUCUCUCUUUGUUCUAAUUUAAUUUUUCAAAGUCUGUUAAGUAAAUUAUGUUUUAAAUCA